GCCGAAGACUCCUUAAUUCUGUAUACUCGGGCUACUAACCUCACAUGCACAUGGAAUAACGACUCUGGAUUCUGCAUUGUGAGCCGCUCUCCACACCCUGAGAUCCCCUUUUACAUUACAUUUUUUUCCUUUGAAUUUGCAUCUCUUCAAGACACAAGAUUAAAACCAAAUUUACACUACACUGGAUUUUAAAUUUUCUUCCGUUCCUUUAUCCUCCGUCUUUCUUAUGUGGAUAUGCAAGCAAGAAGAGGACCCCGGAUAUUCCCAACAUGCUCUCUCCCUUAAUCUGUCCGCCUAGAGGUUUGGCUUCUACAAACCAAGAGAGUCGACGAGCUGAAGAUGAAGCCCAGCGCAGAGUGCUGUUCUCCCAAGUUCUGGUUGGUGUUGGCCGUCUUGGCCGUAUCAGGCAGCAAAGCUCGUUCCCAAAAGAGCCCUCCCAGCAUCGGCAUCGCCGUCAUCCUCGUGGGCACUUCAGACGAAGUGGCCAUAAAAGAUGCCCACGAGAAAGAUGAUUUUCAUCAUCUCUCAGUAGUUCCCCGGGUGGAGCUGGUAGCCAUGAACGAAACUGACCCAAAGAGCAUCAUCACCCGUAUCUGCGAUCUUAUGUCUGACCGGAAGAUCCAGGGGGUGGUGUUCGCCGAUGACACUGACCAGGAAGCCAUCGCCCAGAUCCUCGAUUUCAUUUCUGCUCAGACUCUCACCCCCAUCCUGGGCAUCCAUGGGGGCUCAUCUAUGAUAAUGGCAGAUAAGGAUGAGUCGUCCAUGUUCUUCCAGUUUGGCCCAUCCAUUGAACAGCAAGCUUCCGUCAUGCUCAACAUCAUGGAAGAAUACGACUGGUACAUCUUUUCCAUCGUCACCACCUACUUCCCGGGCUACCAGGACUUUGUGAACAAGAUCCGGAGCACUAUCGAGAACAGCUUCGUGGGCUGGGAGCUCGAGGAAGUACUCCUGCUAGACAUGUCUCUAGACGAUGGCGACUCUAAGAUUCAGAAUCAGCUGAAGAAGCUCCAAAGCCCCAUCAUUCUCCUCUAUUGCACGAAGGAAGAAGCCACCUACAUCUUCGAAGUAGCUAACUCAGUUGGGCUGACUGGCUACGGCUACACAUGGAUCGUGCCGAGUCUGGUGGCGGGGGAUACGGACACGGUGCCUUCAGAGUUUCCCACGGGGCUUAUCUCCGUGUCGUAUGAUGAAUGGGACUAUGGCCUUCCUGCCAGAGUGAGGGACGGGAUUGCCAUCAUCACCACUGCUGCCUCAGACAUGCUGUCCGAACACAGUUUCAUCCCUGAGCCCAAGAGCAGUUGCUACAACACCCAUGAGAAGAGGAUCUACCAGUCUAACAUGCUGAAUAGGUAUCUGAUCAAUGUUACUUUUGAAGGGAGAAACCUGUCCUUCAGUGAAGAUGGCUACCAGAUGCAUCCGAAGCUGGUGAUAAUCCUUCUGAACAAGGAGAGGAAGUGGGAGAGGGUGGGAAAAUGGAAAGACAAGUCCCUGCAGAUGAAAUAUUAUGUGUGGCCUCGAAUGUGUCCUGAGACUGAAGAACAGGAGGAUGACCAUCUGAGCAUCGUCACCUUGGAGGAGGCGCCAUUUGUCAUUGUGGAAAGCGUCGACCCUCUCAGUGGAACCUGCAUGAGGAAUACAGUCCCCUGUCAGAAGCGCAUCAUCUCUGAGAAUAAAACAGAUGAGGAACCAGGCUACAUCAAAAAAUGCUGCAAGGGGUUCUGUAUUGAUAUCCUUAAGAAAAUUUCUAAGUCUGUGAAGUUCACCUAUGACCUUUACCUGGUGACCAAUGGCAAGCAUGGAAAGAAAAUCAAUGGGACCUGGAACGGCAUGAUUGGUGAGGUGGUCAUGAAGAGGGCCUACAUGGCAGUGGGAUCACUAACUAUCAAUGAAGAACGUUCAGAGGUGGUUGACUUCUCUGUGCCCUUCAUAGAGACUGGCAUCAGUGUCAUGGUAUCACGCAGCAAUGGGACUGUGUCACCUUCUGCCUUCUUAGAGCCAUUCAGUGCUGACGUGUGGGUGAUGAUGUUUGUGAUGCUACUCAUUGUCUCCGCGGUGGCUGUCUUCGUCUUUGAAUACUUCAGCCCUGUGGGUUACAACAGGUGCCUAGCUGAUGGCAGAGAGCCAGGCGGCCCAUCUUUCACCAUCGGCAAAGCAAUUUGGUUACUCUGGGGUCUGGUGUUUAACAACUCCGUCCCUGUGCAGAACCCAAAGGGAACAACCUCCAAGAUCAUGGUGUCAGUGUGGGCCUUCUUUGCUGUCAUUUUCCUGGCCAGCUACACUGCCAACUUAGCAGCCUUCAUGAUCCAAGAGGAGUACGUGGACCAGGUUUCUGGCCUGAGUGACAAGAAGUUCCAGAGACCUAAUGACUUCUCACCCCCUUUCCGCUUUGGGACUGUGCCCAAUGGCAGCACAGAGAGGAAUAUCCGUAAUAACUAUGCAGAAAUGCAUGCCUACAUGGGAAAGUUCAACCAAAGGGGUGUAGAUGAUGCCUUGCUCUCCCUGAAAACAGGGAAGCUCGAUGCUUUCAUCUAUGAUGCAGCUGUGCUCAACUACAUGGCCGGAAGAGAUGAAGGCUGCAAGCUGGUGACCAUUGGCAGUGGCAAGGUCUUUGCUUCUACGGGCUAUGGUAUUGCUAUCCAAAAAGACUCUGGGUGGAAGCGCCAGGUAGACCUUGCUAUCCUGCAGCUCUUUGGUGAUGGGGAGAUGGAAGAACUGGAAGCUCUCUGGCUCACUGGCAUUUGCCACAAUGAGAAGAAUGAGGUUAUGAGCAGCCAGCUGGACAUUGACAACAUGGCGGGCGUCUUCUAUAUGUUGGGGGCAGCCAUGGCCCUCAGCCUCAUCACCUUCAUCUGUGAACAUCUGUUCUAUUGGCAAUUCCGGCAUUGCUUCAUGGGCGUCUGUUCUGGCAAGCCUGGCAUGGUCUUCUCCAUCAGCAGAGGUAUCUACAGCUGUAUCCAUGGAGUAGCCAUAGAGGAGCGCCAAUCCGUGAUGAACUCCCCCACUGCCACCAUGAACAACACACACUCCAACAUCCUACGCUUGCUCCGCACGGCCAAGAAUAUGGCCAACCUGUCUGGGGUCAACGGCUCCCCUCAGAGUGCCCUGGACUUCAUCCGUCGAGAGUCCUCUGUCUACGAUAUUUCUGAGCAUCGCCGCAGCUUCACGCAUUCAGACUGCAAGUCGUACAAUAACCCACCCUGUGAGGAAAACCUGUUCAGUGACUACAUUAGUGAGGUAGAGAGAACAUUUGGCAACCUGCAGCUGAAGGACAGUAAUGUGUACCAAGACCACUAUCACCAUCACCACCGGCCACACAGCAUCGGCAGCACCAGCUCCAUUGAUGGGCUCUAUGACUGUGACAACCCACCCUUUACCACCCAGCCCAGGUCAAUCAGCAAGAAACCCCUGGACAUCGGCCUGCCCUCCUCCAAACAUAGUCAGCUCAGCGACCUGUACGGCAAGUUCUCUUUCAAGAGUGACCGCUACAGUGGCCAUGACGACUUGAUUCGAUCGGAUGUCUCAGACAUCUCCACGCACACGGUCACCUAUGGGAACAUCGAGGGCAACGCAGCUAAGAGGAGGAAGCAGCAAUAUAAGGACAGUCUAAAGAAGCGGCCAGCCUCGGCCAAAUCUAGGAGGGAGUUUGAUGAAAUCGAGUUGGCCUACCGUCGCCGACCACCCCGCUCCCCAGACCACAAGCGCUACUUCAGGGACAAAGAAGGGCUCCGAGACUUCUACCUGGACCAGUUCCGAACAAAGGAGAACUCGCCUCACUGGGAGCAUGUGGACUUGACUGACAUUUACAAAGAACGCAGUGAUGACUUCAAGCGAGAUUCGGUUAGUGGAGGUGGGCCCUGUACCAACAGGGCUCACCUCAAACACGGAACAGGAGAUAAGCAUGGAGUGGUAGGCGGGGUGCCCGCUCCUUGGGAGAAGAACCUGACCAAUGUGGAUUGGGAGGAUCGAUCUGGGGGCAACUUCUGUCGCAGCUGUCCCUCCAAGCUGCACAAUUACCCCUCUACGGUGGCAGGGCAGAACUCGGGCCGGCAGGCCUGCAUCAGGUGUGAAGCCUGCAAGAAGGCUGGUAACCUAUAUGACAUCAGUGAGGACAACUCCCUGCAGGAACUGGACCAGCCGGCUGCCCCCGUGGCUGUGACAUCUAAUGCCUCCACCACCAAGUACCCUCAAAGCCCGACUAAUUCCAAGGCCCAGAAGAAGAAUCGGAACAAACUGCGCCGGCAGCACUCCUACGACACCUUCGUGGACCUGCAGAAGGAGGAGGCCGCCUUGGCUCCACGCAGCGUGAGCCUGAAAGACAAGGGCCGAUUCAUGGAUGGGAGCCCCUACGCCCAUAUGUUUGAGAUGCCAGCUGGUGAGAGCUCCUUUGCCAACAAGUCCUCAGUGCCCACUGCCGGACACCACCACAACAACCCCGGCAGCGGCUACAUGCUCAGCAAGUCGCUCUACCCUGACCGGGUCACGCAAAACCCUUUCAUCCCCACUUUUGGGGAUGAUCAGUGCUUGCUUCACGGCAGCAAAUCCUACUUCUUCAGGCAGCCCACGGUGGCAGGGGCGUCGAAAACAAGGCCGGACUUCCGGGCCCUUGUCACCAAUAAGCCAGUGGUGUCGGCCCUUCAUGGGGCUGUGCCAGGUCGUUUCCAGAAGGACAUUUGUAUAGGGAACCAGUCCAACCCCUGUGUGCCUAACAACAAAAACCCCAGGGCUUUCAAUGGCUCCAGCAAUGGACAUGUUUAUGAGAAACUUUCUAGUAUUGAGUCUGAUGUCUGAGUGAGGGAAGAGAGAGAGGUUAAGGUGGGUACGGGAGGGAUAGGGCUGUGGGCCGCGUGGUGCGCAUGUCAUGGAAAGAGUCGGGGGUGAACUUGGCUCCCAUUUGCUUUUUCUUCUUUUAAUUUCUCUAUGGGAUCCUGGAGUUCUGGUUCCUUACUGAAGGCAACCCUCCUGGCCAGCACCAUUUCUCCUCCCUCGCACACUUCUCUUCUUCCUGCAUCUGCCCACCAUUCCUGUUUCCAUGAGAGGAUAGAACGGGCCUCAGUGUGGGAGGACGGAGAGGAGACCGAAGCAAGCGCUGCCUGUGUGCUUCUUCCUAGCGCAGAAGGGCUCUGAGCGAUUCACUUUGGGCUCUGAGCGAUUCACUUUGAGCGAGGCUUUCCUGAUACUGCUCUCUUUGUUCAGGUGAGAAAGCGAAGGUGUUUUAAGGAAGGCCAUUGAAGCUCCAGCUCAUAAGAGAGAAGAGGCUUUCACUGAAUUC